AUGGCGCAAAGAAUGAAAUCCCUCAAUACUCAGCUUCGCAAAAAGGGUCUGGAAAUAGUUCAGGAAUCGAACGACCCGGAAUUCGGACCUGUUUACACCAUCACCCCGAAGAAGCCGGGCAUCACCAACAGUGAUCUUGCUUACCGCCUCUACUACUGGGGUGAGACUGCGAAAUGGAGUGCCACCAGAAGAAAGGCCAUUGAGAAGGCCACCAACCGUAUCAACCGUAUAAAGGCACAAGACGCGGCUUCGAGAAAGGAAUCAUCUGAAAGCUCUAGCGAAUGA